UUACAUUUUUUUGUAGUGUGUUAUUGUCAUUAUGACACAAGAUUAAGUUAGAACGAAGUUGUCAAUAAAAAAUCGUCACAAAAAGUCACCUUCCAAGUAUUUAUUUUAUAUAAUUAGAAAUCAACUCAACAUAAUUGGCAUCCCUGGUAAUUUUGGAGAAGAGCAUGCAGUCUUUGAAAACAGAAAGAAAGAUUGUCAAGGACGCUGCAAGAAAACAUUUCCAAGAGAUUGAGAAGGUAGGACAGGACGAUAAGGAGAAAAUAAAUGAACUAUUGCAACAAGUUUUAGUCAAAGCAGAAAAACUAUUUUCCCUAGACAAUAGUAUGAAAGAAUUGCUUUGUAACGAAGAACCCAGUGACGAAGAUUUUAGUGAAGAAAUCACAGAGGAAAUGAAUUUUUGCACUGAGGUAACCAAGUAUACAAACAAAUGCAAUUUUUUACUGGAAAAAAAAAAGAAGCAGAAGCGGAGGUUAAAAACGAAACAAGAAAAGCUCCAAAGAAUUUUAACCUACCAAAAUUAGAAAUAAAAAAGUUUGACGGAAAUGUCAAACAUUGGAUAAAUUUUUGGGGUCAAUUUCGCAAGAUAGAUGAAAAUUCAGAUUUGCCCGAUGAAGACAAAUUCCAGUACCUUAUCCAAUCCACCGAAGAAAACUUGCCAGCCCGUAAUUUGGUAGAAAGCUUCCCACCCUCAGCAAACAAUUACAAAAUUGCCGUUGACCAACUCAAAACUAGAUUUGCAAGGGACGAGGUUUUAAUUCAGGUUUAUGUGAGAGAGCUUUUAAGCCUCGUUUUAAGUCAACAUAUUUCACCGGAAAAAUCAGGUAUGGCUUUAUCAAAUUUGUACAAUAAAUUGGAGACUCAGCUCAGGGCGCUGGAAACAUUGGGUGUGACCAGCGACAAAUACGCCACGAUGCUUUUACCAUUGGUUGAGUCAGCUAUACGACACGAAUUGCUAAAAGUUUGGGAAAGAAACCGUUUAACUAAUGAUAAUUUUGUUAACGAGUUACAGGGUCUAUUGAAGUUCCUAAAAGCCGAGGUGGAAGCAGACGAGCGAAUAAAACUUGCACAAACCAGUUUUUCUUUGGAAAAAGCAGUAAAAAUGGGUCAGGAUAGGUGUUCUGUAGAAGUGUUGCAUGUGAAAAAUACUGAGACUAAAGGUACUGCAAGGACGGUGAGAAAAUUCCUAGGAAGCGAAGGACAGGUCCAAGGAUCGCGUGUAAGAGGACCAGAAGUUCGACGAGAACCAGGGGGACCACAAGGACCGGACACGACCGAGCUCUGCCCUUCUGAUAUUUUUUCUGAUAUUUCAACAACUUUGAUCGUUACAACAGAGCAUGUCAGAACUGUUUUCAUUAUACCUGUUCUGCAACUUGAGAUUGGCAUUGGAUUCAGUUUAGUCCUCCUGAACAUACACAAGGACAUUGAUGUUGACGAGGACGCUGUGAUUACAAGGUUUUCAAAGGGUUCAAAGACCAAAUUGGGUUUUGUGUUGUAGUUGCCAAUUAACUUCUUUUUUUUUCAUAUUAAACAAUAGAUUUACUAUUCAA